AUGGCAAUCACAGUACAGCGAAACGCGCACAUCGGCCGUGUGGCGUCCAUGCAGCGGUUCGCCAACCGCGAGUACGCGGCGGCGAUGUUGAAAGAGGUGGCCCACCUGGUUUCGCUUUUGAUGCGAGAGAAUGGGAUGAAAGUCGGGGAGCUGGUGGAGUUCUACCCUCGAGAUGGGCGACUGCUGGGUAUGAACGUAAAUCGCGGGGCCAAGAUCAUGCUGCGGUUGCGAGAGGCGCACGACGAAAACAGGUUUUUGUCGCGAGAACAAGUGAUGGGUACGAUGUUGCAUGAGCUGGUGCACAAUGAGUGCGGCCCGCACAAUGCAGCGUUCUACCAGCGACUAGAUGUGCUGACGGGGCGCCAGUGGGUGAUCGAGCAGAGAGGGCUGUUUGAUGCGUUUGUCGGGGUUGGGAGGAGACUCGGGAGUGAUCCACGGCGGCGGAGCGGGGCUGCGAGUGUCGCGAGUGCGGCGAGCGCAGCGGGCAGGGCCGGCAGGGCUCGAAAUGGCAGAGUUCUUGGAGGGGCACGAGUAGGCCCAAAAGGUGCGGCGGAAAUGGCCAAGAUGGCCGCCGAAAAGCGCGCACAAGACGCCCAGUGGUGCGGCCGGUCAAGCGCAGCCAUGGCUGCUGCGCAGCCUGAGGUUCAGGAACUGGAAUACAUCGACCUGGAGAGCCCGCGAUCUGCGGUGGUGGCCGAGGUGAUAGAUCUGACGUAG